AUGGCCUCGUUUCCGAAAAUCAUUUGCCGAGUCAGGGCCAUUUAUCCUUUUUCUUCUAAAGAGCCAGCGUCCCUGAGCUUUGACAAAGACGACUACAUUGAUGUACUUGCCCAGCUGGACUCGGGUUGGUGGGAUGGAUGGUGUGGUGGAUCGCGAGGCUGGUUCCCUAGCAAUUAUGUCGAGAUCGUUGAAGAGAAUCCUGACGGUCCAAUGCCGCCAUCACCUGCUCCCACCAACAAACCCAAUGCAUCACCUCCUGUGGUUGAUCCCAAGCGAAGUGAUUUACGCCAACCUUCUCGACGCAAGCGCAGCAAUAGCACCACACAACAUCGUUUAUCAUUGAAGACGUUAAGUAACAUCUCAUCCAAUAUGUCUACACCUGUGCCACGACGCACAGCAGCAGCAACAACAACAUCGCCAUCACCUGUAACGAGCCCUAUUAUCAGCAAUGGAAGUAAAUUUGGAUGGACUGCAGCAAGCAAUCGCACUAGUAACAGCACUGUAUCCGAUGGCAGCAGCGUGUACAACUUGCCCGAGGGUUGGUCAGCACAAUUGGCUGAGGAUGGUACAACUCGUUACUAUUACAAUCAUCGCACUGGCAAAAUGCAAUAUGAUCACCCUGGCUUUGGAUUCUCUGAUGGCGAGUACGAUAGCGAAUACGAAGCAUCCAUGGAUGAUAGCUAUUAUUCUGAUGAGGAUUAUGAGGAUGAACGAUAUCAGCAUUCUCGUCUUGCUACCAUGCGACGCAUGUCGAAUCGCCUUAGUCUUGAUUCUUUGCCUGCCAAUGUUGAUACACCAGCCACUGCUUUCUCGGAUGAUUUCAAGCAACCGCCACCAUUGCAAGAAUCGGCUGCCAUGUCCCAUUGGGUACAACGUGUGACACCGCAGGGUCGGGCGUACUAUUGCAAUUUGGUGACACAAGAGACUACCUGGGAUUAUGGCGAGAUUGACCAAGCAACCGGUCGACUGAAGCAUCGCCAACAUGAUUCGGAUUCGGACAAUGACGAACCUAUUGGACGUACAACCAUUCACCAUAGCCGCCAAUCAUCCAAUCAUGCAGCUGAGCUAAGCAACCCUAGCAACAAUGGCGAUAGCACGUGUUCUAGCCCAACCACACCCACUCGAGAGGAACCCUUGACAUGGCAUAAGCUUGCUAGCACAACAGCUAUGGCCAUUCACCAUCUUAAUAUGGCUGCUCAACGUGGCGAACGUGACGCUUUUGUCGAAGAUGCAUCAGCUGUGGUGGUAUCCAUUCGUAUGAUGUUAUAUGCUUCAGGCAUGCUGGAUAAGGAUUCGAAUCAUAUGCAGGAUCGUAUGCUUCGUGAUCCACAUCGUGCUGUUAUGGCGGCUCUUUCGAAAUUGGUGCUUUCAGUAAAGACGGCUUCCGAAGGCUCACACAAACAAAUUCAACCCGAGAUGCUUCAUCGUGUUCAGCGGGAUGCCGGAGACGUAUUAGCAGCUGUACGUAGUUUUGUUACUGUAUGCCAAGAACGACGUGUCAAGGUGGAGCAAGUCAAGCCGCAGCUUAUGUUCGAUACCAAUUCAUCCACAACGCCACCAAGUGAGAGCCCUAUCCUUGUAUCUUCCAGCACAGCCGUUGAAUUCGAUCCUGAGGCGACACGUAUUGCUACCGGCUUGGGUCAAAAGUCAAAGUACCCUCUAAAUCAGGAUCUACUUGUCAGUUUACAAACCCAUGCGAACCAAGUAUAUGGCUCAACCAAUGCAUUGUGCAAGGCGACUGAGCUCAAUACGAACGAGGAUGGAAAAUCGCUUUCAAACGUGAUCCUCCUAUUUAGGAGCUUGUCAAUGCAAAUUGGCCAAUAUCUCAGCAUCCUUGAAGACAUUGAUUUGGUUAACAUUGAUGGAUCCAAGAUCCCCUCGCUUGGUGAUUACCUCGUCAAUAAGCAAAAAUUGUACAAUGCUGUCGGCGUGCUAUUUGGGGUCGUGCAAUCGCUCAGCAGCAACCGAAUGGAUACCAACCAAUGUGUUCAGGAUAUAAAUGAGGCUGUCCAAUCGGUCGAGAACACGAUCAAGUUGAUCCUUACCAACGUGGAUGAGAUGAUCAAGCAGCGUCGCAACUGGUAUCGACAACUCAAUCCUCGUGAUGAUGAUGAAAUGCCAAUGUCACCUGUAUCAGCACGCUUUGAUGAUUCCGACAGCGACGAUGGCGAGCUUUGCAAGGCACCCACUGAUAAAGCACGCAAAUUGAUGUUGUAUCAGCCACCUGUAGCACCACGAUCAGCAACAGAAAAUGGUGGUGGUGGUGGAUGCCUCGGCUAUGAUUAUCCACCCGAGGAGAUUGUGUAUGGACAAGAUGGCAAUAUCAAGGGUGGCACUUUACGAGCACUUGUGGAACGAUUGACUCUCCACGAUUCACUGGACACGAGCUUCAUUGCAACGUUCUUGUUGACUUACCGAUCGUUUUGUACAACCGAGGAGUUUUUGUCAUUGCUCGAACAACGAUACAACAUUCGCCCCACAGAGGAAUUGACACCAUGGGAGCUCGAAGAGUGGUCCGAACGUAAACAAAAACUCGUUCGCUUACGUGUCUUUAAUGUCAUGAAGAUUUGGCUCGAGAACUACUACAAUGACGAAGACCAAUUUAUUCUCAAUCGCCUUGAAUUCUUUACCAACACGGUGAUUCGUGAUACUUCUCCCUUCUCAGCCGACCAGCUCAAUCGCCUUAUUCGUAUGCGAAAGGAUCAGGAUGCUAAUGGCGGUCUCAAAAAAUUGGUACCAAACACGCUUCCAGGUCCCAUGCCUAUCCUGCCAAAGGAUAUUACGCGAUUGACUUUGAUGGAAAUUGAUCCCACUGAGCUUGCACGUCAAUUGACAAACAUGGAUUUCAAGUUAUACAGCAGCAUCCGUCCCAUUGAAUGUUUGAAUAAGGCUUGGUCGCAAGAUGACGAGAUGGCAGCCAGCAGUGUCAAACAAUCCAUUGACUAUUGUAAUCGCCUUACCUGCUGGGUGAGCGACAGCAUCCUUUCCAAUGAUGAGGCUAAGAAACGUGUUGUUGUGAUCAAAUACUGGGCUCAGGUAGCUAGUAAAUGUCGCAGCUUGAACAAUUACAACACAUGCAUGGCCAUCAUAUCAGCAUUUGAUACAAGCUCUAUUGGUCGUUUGAAGAAGACUUGGGAGCUUGUAGGCAGCCGUACAAGCCAAACAUUAGCCAACAUCCGCAGACUUAUGGGCGCCAAUCGCAAUUUCCAAGAGUAUCGUGAUUUGAUUCAUAGCAUCAACCCACCUUGCAUUCCUUUCUUGGGUAUCUAUUUACAAGAUUUGACGUUUAUUGAAGAUGGCAAUGCGGACUAUAUCCAAAAAUCGGCUGGCUUGAUCAACUUUGCUAAACGUGCCAAAACGGCUGAAGUUAUCCGAGAAAUCAACCAGUUCCAAAAUGCACCUUACAUCUUUACACACAUUCCAGAACUUCAGGCAUUUAUCAAGACCAACUUGGAAGGUAGUCGUGAUGUUGACAAGCUCUAUGAGCGUAGUCUUCAAAUCGAGCCUCGAGAAGUUGUUACAUACAACUAG